AUGGAUCGAAUACAGGAGAACCAGAAGAAAACCGUCAACCUGUGUGAGCUGUACGCCGAGGACGAUAAUGAGGUCGACGAGAAGGUGCAACGUGGACUCGACGCCCAAUUCUUGCUCCGUUCCACCCCAGAAGACGUCGAGAAGUACUCGAUUCACCUGCGGAAACAGCUGAUGGAAGGCGAGGGAGAGUGCUUGAUCGAGUUGGGAGUCCCGAUUAAUUCCAAUUCGAAGAAUAUCAAAACUGGAAUUCCGGAGGACGAUAUGCAGAAAGCCGUCGACGCUCAUCAGAAAAUUCUAGAGAAGAUUCCGGCUAUUGGAACGCUUGUAGUGCGAAGAAAGCAAACGGGGAACCUGGUGACUGAGGUUUGGUUGGUUCGAGAUCCGCCAGAAGAGAAGGACUUCAUCGAGGCACGUGUCGCUGUUGUCGGUAAUGUGGAUGCUGGAAAAUCCACGUUGCUUGGUGUACUAACCCACUCGGCACUUGACGAUGGACGCGGAGCCGCCCGUACGAAGCUUUUCAGACACAAACAUGAAUUUGAGAGUGGAAGAACGUCAUCGGUGGGAAAUGAUAUUCUGGGAUUUGAUGUGCAUGGAAAUGUGGUGAAUAAGCCAGACCCACACAAUCACAAUUUGGAUUGGGUGCAAAUCGGUUCGGACUGCGCCAAACUGGUCACAUUCAUAGACUUGGCUGGACAUGAGAAAUAUCUAAAAACUACAAUUUUCGGAAUGACGGGACACAUGCCAGACUACACUAUGUUGAUGAUUGGAGCGAAUAUGGGAAUUAUUGGAACCACCAAAGAACAUCUCUCGCUGGCACUAUCACUACAUGUACCAGUGUAUCUGGUAGUCACUAAAAUUGACAUGUGUCCAGCGAAUAUUCUCGAGGAAACUAUGAAAAAUAUCACAAGACUGGUGAGAAGCGCUAAGAAGCUUCCGAUUCUGGUGAGAACCAUGGAUGACGUCGUCCACGCCGCUGUCAAUUUCCCCAGUAAAAAAGUCUGCCCAAUCUUCCAAGUGUCCAAUGUAGAGGGAACCAAUCUUCCACUCCUCCGCCAGUUCCUGAACAUCGUCCCACUGAGAAGAUCCUUGAAUGAGAAUGAUCCGGCACAUUUCCAGAUCGAUGACAUCUACUGGGUCGAUGGAGUGGGAACCAUUGCCAGUGGAACACUGCUCUCUGGAACCAUUCGACUUAAUGAUAUUCUGUUGCUCGGACCAACGUCAAACGGUGAUUUCCAGCCGAUUCCGAUCAAAUCGAUUCAUCGUAAACGCAUGCCAGUCGGCAUUGUGAAGUGUGGACAGUCCGCUUCGUUUGCGUUAAAAAAAAUCCCGAAAAAGGACGUUCGCAAAGGAAUGGUCCUAGUGGACCCGAAAACGAAGCCAGUGGCCAGUAUGUUGUUCGAAGCCGAGAUUCUCGUCCUCCACCACCCGACAACCAUCAAACCCAACUACCAAGCAAUGCUUCAUAUCGGAUCCGUCCGUCAGACAGCCACACUGGUGUCAAUGGGAAAAGAAGUGUUGAGAACUGGAGAUCGUGACAAAGUACAGUUCAAAUUCAUCCGACAACCCGAAUACAUUCGACCGGGCACCAAAAUGGUGUUCCGUGAGGGACGAACCAAAGCGGUGGGCACUGUGCUCUCGGUGGUCCCACAAGAGUCGUUGGCUCAGCAGCGGGCGAAACAGAAAGAGGGUAGAAAUAAGCAUUGUGAGUUUUACGAAUUGAAAAAAAAUUUCAAAAUACAAAUUUCAGACGGCAAGAAAACGGGCGGACCAAAACCACCAAACGGAAAACCGAAGGUCGAGAAGCAGCUAGAGGCUCUGUCGAUCGAUAAACUCGCCGAUUCAUCAUCGGCCUAA